AAGGAUGAAUGAUAGCUCAGCUAGAGAAAUGAAUGAGAGACAACCUCAAAGGCCUUGUGGUUGUGUGGGCAUUUUCUUUCAGCUCUUUGAUCGGAACCGUAGAUUUGCCAAGAAGCUGUUUCAAAAGAAACUGCUUUCACCACCUUGCUUGAAACAAGCUUCAAAAAACUUUGGAGGGGAUGAGAAGCAGCCAAAGCUUCGUUUGAUUGCUGAUGAGAACAGUGGGGCUUUUCCAAACGCAAAGAAUAAUGGUAUGACCGAUACACGUUGUGAAAGCAAGCGCGAAAUGAAAGCUCCAAGUUUGGUUGCUAGGCUCAUUGGUUUGGAAUCGAUGCUAGCAGGAUCAGGCAGUAAGCCCCAAAAGGCUUCAGCUUCUGAAACUUGGA